AUGGCCAUUGCUGAUGGGUAUCAGUAUGGUUUCCCUCAGCAGCGGAUGCUUGAGAUGAUGAGGAGCGAACAUUGUAACCACACUAUGUAUCAGUUUUUUAAGGAGAAAUCCCUCAAGUUGGAAGCCAAGCUUUGUCAUAGGGAAGAAGAAGUGUCCUCCGCCGAGGCUGUUAUCUCUGCUAAAGAUAAAGAGAUACUUGAACUAAAUAAUCGGUUGAAAGGAAAAGAGAAGCUUGGAGCCAAAAAGGAGAAGCUUUGUGUUGAACUUGCUUUGGUUCGUAGUGAGUUGGAGAAGGCCGGUAACAAUGUUUCGUCUUCAAAAGUGGGUGAUGUCAGAGAGUUAACAUGGCUUAGAAGUGAAAGGACUCGUCAAGUUUCUCGAAUUCAGGAAUUAGUAAUGAAGAUUAAAGGUGAAGCUGAGAAGUGGAACGCCCGAGCUGAUGAACAUAACGAAUUGGCAGCGCGACAUCGAGAAAGGCGGGAACAUAUGGUCGAUAUGCAGAAUAAAUAUAACUCUGACCGCUGCUUAUUUAACGGUGCUUUAUUGUGGACUCGAGAAAAUCUUCGUGAGGCCCAUGAGAAUAUUUCUCGCUUGGAAGCUAAGGUAGCAGGCUUGGAAGAAGAGUUGCAUCAAGCUCGAUCCUCCCACGAUCCUAAAGUCCAGGACUAUAUACAACGACUUGUUCGUGAGAGAGAUGAUGCCAUAGCUGAGGAUUUUGCCCUUAGUAAUUCUUUGACCGCUUCUCGGGCUCAUGUUGCUCGGUUAGUGGAUUAUGAGAAGGAUCUUGAAGUUAAUAUGUACAAGCUUUCUGAGGGUAUAGAAAACAUAAAUAAUAAAGUUGAUCUUAUUCGUCAUUUAGACUCCAUGAAACAGGAGUAUGUAUUUAUCGACGAAGCUCGGGAUGCUGUAAUUAAUGAGUAUGAGAUAGCUUCGACUAGAGUCGAAGAGCUCGAGGGAAAGCUUCUCGCUGCAAAUGAAAAACCUGAAAAGGCUCAAUCUUCCUUAAUGCAGCAGGAGAUCCAGACCACGUAUUACAAGGGUUUUGCAGGGUCUCAGGAUGAAGCGGCAAAGGAGGCGGGAAAAGAAGUAACUCGACUGUCAUCUCUGUUAUCACAGGCUGAACUGAAGAAAACCAUAAUUGCCUAUAAGGAUCGUUUCCAGCUUACCAAAGAGAUCAAUAAAACUUUAACCAGGAUCGAGCAUGAUCUUCAGGCAGAACAUAGCAUCGUCAAGAAUUACCCUCGCCGCCCUAUACCUGAGCCAUUAACUUACUCUUCGGGUCCUUCUUCGGGCGGAAGCGUGCCUUCGUCGCAGAAGAAAAAUCCAACUGAUCACGUUGAAUCAUCCAAAGGAAAGUAG